UGACGAAAUCGUUUCAAUCCAGUGAGAAGAAGGCAGCACAGAGCGGAGUGAACAAGUGUAGCUCUAGAACUUUGCCCACGUUUGCAUAUCCCCUUAGGUAAACUAAACAACCAACCAAUCACAAUGAGUGCUCGCAGAGGACUACGUACGCGCGUGUAUGACGCCAACAUGAGCAUGGUGGAGAACAACUACCGGGCCGCUCUGGACCGUCUCGAGAGGAGCCGUCGUGCACCGUCACUCGAUCGGGAGGUGAAGCCACGUGCCUCACCAUUUGUCAGCCGGUACGACUUUAACGGUGCAGAGAUUGACGACGAACUGCAGAUCGCUCGGAGCCGCGCAUCCAAGGUGAUCCACGAGAAGUCGGUCAUUGACCAGCGGGCGGAACAGUUCCGCAGCUCCAGCCUUGCACCGGCCCCGGUCAGCUCGGCACUCGCGCUCGAGGGCGAGUUCGACGAUCAGGUCCAGGCAACGCUUGAUCGCAUUCGCGCCAGCAAGAAUCUGCUCAGUCAGCUGCAGUCGGACGAUGCCCUGGAGUCUUACCGUACCGAGGCACGCUCGAAGCUAAGCGAACAGACUGCCCGCAAGCUGGCGGAUAAGCUAGCGACGGUAAACAGCGAAGAGGACGAAUUCUCCUCCACCGGUAUGACGGCACGCAAGGCACUCAAGUUCCGUGCCAGUACCGAAUCGUCGUCCUUGGCCAAAAGCUCUCAGGCACUCAAGUGGAAAGACGAAACGGCCGAAUCGUACGCGAGCAAGCGUGCCAGCGCCACCAAAGCUCGCCUGCAGGACAUCGACCAGGAGAUUGAGGAGUUUGAGGCGAAGCAGGCAGCACGGGCUCGGCGUAAUGCACAGCUGAAGCAGUUGUUGGCGGAAACGGCCGCCCAGGAUAUUGUGCCGGCGAGCCUAAGUGAGCACGCGGACGGUAUGAAGGUGACGACGGGUGUGCUGAAGGUGAAAACUACGCAAAAAAAGAUGGUCAGCUUUUAAG